AUGACUACAGCUAUCAACGGAUUCCGCAAAUGUGAAAUAUGGCCAUUAAAUUCCAAUGCCUAUUUUCUUGCUGCGGAAAUAACAAACAUAAACCGAGACAUAAACCUUAUCAAAAAUGAAAUAGUUCAUCCUCCAUAUGCUACUGAAAAUCCUGAAAUUAUUGCUUCUACCUCUCAUGAAAUUAUUAAAGAGGCUCAGCCGAACCUAGUUAACAACAACAUAGCUACAAGCUCUACAAGCUCCCAUCAGCUUCCUCCGCCAUACAUGUCAGUGAAUGAGGUUUUUCCGUCUAGCAGCUUUCAUCAGCUUCCCUCUACUAGAUACCAAAGUUUAGAUGAAGAUGAGGAGAAAAAUCUUCCUUUGAGUAUGCUUGCAAUGUCGCAUCGCGGUCCGCUACAUAAAACUGCUGGAAAAAACUCCACCACCUUGUGA